AUGGCCUCGGAGUCUGACGUCGCGAACAGGCUGGUCGGGCUGAUCGAGAGGCGCGUCAGGUUCAUCGAGGCGCAGGCCACCGCUGGCAUAGACCGCGAGAGCCUGUUGUCAGCUCAGUGCGGUGCGAUAGUCAGCGAGAUCAUGCAGGAGCACGUCAUGGAUGAGGACGCGGCCACAGCAAUCACCUCGGCCAUCACUCGAGGCCCGUGGUCCGACGGGCAGAAGCUUCAAUUAGCCAGCGCCUUGCAGGAAGCAGUGGCCAAACCUUUGAAGGGCAAGAAGUCUAAGCGCGACCAGCAACACUGCAUGUCGCUGGAGCGCUUCUUCACGGCUCCUGAUUGGCACCUGCUCCGCAAUCCCAACUUGGCAGAGGGGCCGAAAAUCCAUUGCAUCGCGCACCGCAUGUGGAGGCUGGGCAUCACGUGCCCAGCGGAGAGCACCCAGAAGCGGGCCGCUGCAAUCCUGCAGCUCGCGAUGCAUGCUGAUGCUACUCCGUCUAAGCAGGAGGAGUGGCAGAAAAAGAUCAAGGGCGAGGUUAAGACGCUGGACGAGGUGCGGUCGUACCCCCACUCCCACAUCAAGAGGUACGUGCAGGACCCGACCAUGCUGCCAGCGCAGGUCAUGCAGUUCGCCUACGAGGGGACUGAUGGCCCCGUGGAGUCCCAGGUUGAUUUCGAGCACAUGGAGCGGCUGGUGAGGACCCCCAUGGGCGCCAUCUGGAUCGCCAUGCUGCGAAACCCGUCGCUCAUCAUGGAGGUGCAGCAGAUGAUCAACGACCUCGUGGGCACGAACCUCCAGCGCGACGUGAGUGGCAACCCCUUGCUCGGCACCAGGCCCAGGGGCGUUCGUACUGGUGAAUCGGCGAGCAGUGGUAGCCCUGUGAUGGGGUCGCCGCUGUAUGGCCAGGCGUCGGCGAUGCCCGCUGCUGCUGCUGGCCCUGUUCCGCUGGCUGAUGCCGCCGCCGCGCCUGAUGGCGCCGCGGACGGCGUGGGCGAGGCGGCAGCGCUGGAGAAGGCGAUGGCCGGUGCAGCCGAGGCCGCUGGCCGUGGCAAGGCUGCUGGUGUCGGGCGCUGCCCCAAGCGCCCGAUGAAGCGCGCGGGCAAGACAGCUGCGGCCGCCGCCGAGGCCGAUGAUGACGGCGAGGCGGAGGAGGAGGAUGACGCGGGCGCGCGCGUGAG